GUCCAAAUAAAAGUCGACGUUGCUAAUUGAUAACGUUCCCUCCUGCAUUGGAUGUUUCCUCGCGUGCUUAACAUAAUCACGCAAAGUCCACCGUUGAUAACCGCAGAGCAGCUGCACUGGCACGCAGGUACUCCAAGUGGCUUAGUGAUGACAGAUCAGCAGGUAGUAGCAACUAAUUCAUCCACUGAACAUGUGUGUUUCGCCAUUUCAGGCGUCAAGCACUUCGUACUAGGGUGUGAACGACUUUUGGAACCCUGGAUCAAGUGCAGUGAUAUUGGUGCUAGUCUGUUUUCCGUGCUCAGCAAUUCAGAAGUUGUCAGCUUCUUGGUAUGUCUUUGGGUCAUCGACCAGGAACUACCCUACUGUCACCGUCAUGAGUCAACGUUCUUCCUGUCCUCCAAAGUCGUCCUUGCCAAACGCCUUGGAGUCUGCCCCUCGAUGUGUGGCUUCCUGCGCAGAUAAAGGCACUGCGGUUGUGUUCAUUGCCGCAUAUGUGCUCGCUUCGCACUAAUUUUAGGACUUCAUUAAACGUGGUGAUAAGCCCACAUUGGCCAGUUGCACUCGGUUGGGUCGUGGUAGCAGAUCGUCAGUGGAUGGUGGUGGGUACCUCUUGGAAGGAAUACCUUGUGGAUGAACAAUCUAGUCUGUUACGUGACAGGUGCAAGCCCGAGUGACUCAAGCAGAAUCGCAUGUCAGUAAGGCUUGGAUAGAACAGCUGGAUUUUAAGCCCACCCAGCGCCACAGAAUAAAAGACAGAGGACUAUUUUGUUACUGACAGCCCUCCUUUUGUCGCCCCCAUCAUCUAUCUUUGGCAGAUCGCUGGUUUGUUCUCUAGGAGUGGAAGGAUCGAGUCAGCUGUCUGCCAGAGUCUAGCUUACUGAAGAAUGCUUGAAUUAUUGACAAGAUAACUGGACAGUCGUGGUGCUUCUUUAUUGUGUUUUCUGCAAUGCUACUGUGGACUAUUGUGAUGAGCAGUGCCAGAAACUGCCAAUCUUUUGACAAGGCAGUUUAUUUUUUUAUAUAGGUGUUUGACAGAUGACUUGUGAUGCAAAAUAUCAGCCAAUUUCAUGCUGCUGGAUUCUGCUACGGCUGACAGAUAUGACUGUAUUGUUUUGAGGACUCUUUAUCUUCUGCAAGUGACAGAGAUUGUUUUAGAUGUCCUAAGGAGAUCCAGAUCAUUAUAAGUUGAGAUCGACCUCCCGUCUCAAAGAUGUCUGUGACAGUACCAGUCAACAUUUCAGCUCCGAUUGGGCCUUACCCCAUAAUCUACAACACCCCACGAAGUAUGGAACCCAAGACACCUCCGAAGCCACUCCCCAAAAGAAAACCGGAGUUUCAGGGGAUGCAUAUUUACGACCGGGUUCCGCUGGAGGGUUCACUCUUCAAACGAUCCUACUCACCCGUGAUGUACCCCAAGAGGCCAAUCCCAGCUCCGCCCGGAAAGCUGGUGCCGAGUCUUUUGAAUAUUUUGGCUGUGAGCACUCAGAGAAAAGAUCCGGAGAAAACAUGUGAGAAGCAAAUUCCAACUCCCCCGGAGAAGCCCGUCUUGGCUCCGCCAGACAAAGUGACAACUCCUGGAAGUCCAAAACAGGCUGUGCGAUCGGAGAACAAACCCAUCCUUCCCAUCAAGGAUAAGGCCAAGAGGCAAGGAUGCCCCAACCUCGAGGAGCAGGUGGUUAUAAAGCCUUCUCCAGAGGUUGAGAUGCUCAAGGAAGAAGUCACCAAACAGACAUCUCCUCAACAGGAAAGUCCAGUCUGUGAGAAGAAGGAAAGUGAUAUCAAAGAGGACAACUUUCACCAAGAGAGUGCCAAGUGUGAGGAGGAGGAUGGCAGUAUGUCCUCCAAUCUUGAAAGCUCUAUCUCCAAGGAGCAAGACACGGAAUCAAUCAAGACUGAAACUGGCAGCAUGUUUUCAUCUGAUCAUCGCUCCACGACCUGCUCCGCAUCAUCUGCUUGUUCAUCCUCCUCUGCUUCCUCAUCUUCAUCUUCAUCUUCCUCCUCUGCCUCCAGCAACACCAGCUCCGAAUCAUCCGACUCCAGCAUUGCCAAAGCCUUCUUCGGCACCCCAAAUCUUGGCUCCUCCACACCAAAACGCAUCGGCUCACCUAAGAGCUACACCCCUGUGGAGAAUCUGUAUGACUCAUGGCGUUUGGACACGACCGCUAAAACCGAAAGCAACACACCACCUGUGAAUACUAACAGCACUGUUCAGAAGCAAAACAAGUGUUCAGGGUAUUAUGCCGAGAUUUCAGACUACAUGUCAAUAGCCGCGCCGGGAAGUUCCAAGACCCUUUCUGCUGACAAUCAGGCCACGGUUCUCCCCCCACCGUUGGAGUUUUGCAACAGCAUCCGCAAGGUUAAAGAGCAGGCUUUGUACAUGAAUCUACCGACACACAAGGCUGGAAUCUCAUCUUUUCAGACGAGCAAAAAUUCGUUGAGAGAGCAACAGAUGGAUGAAGUCAUUGUCAACGAUUAUGUGGACCCUCAGGAUGAACUGGCGGAUGAACCCAAGGACUACAAGAAGGGCGUCCUGUCAACAAACUCCAAAAUGAAAGAUCAUUCAAGAAAUAGUGCCUCCAAUCCAUACGAGACACCUUUAGACCUUGGCACAGCAGCCACACAAACUGACCUGGAGGUGGGGACAUUGUCCUGUGAUUGCGGAGAAUUCUCGAGUUCCUUGGCUGAGAUGGAAGAGUUGGUAUCCCAGCUGAAGCAGGAGCAGAACAUGCGGAAGGUCUCAGAGCAGCUUGUCAAGAUGGUAGAGGUGGAGGUCAAGGAGUUAAAAGAAGACCUCUUGGCUAAGAAGACAGACCUGGUCCGAGCCUUGGAAGAAAAACAGAACACUCAGGGCGAGCUUCGCGAAACGACAAAGAUUGCUGCUCAGUACAAACUACAAGUUGAUGAACUGGAGAAGAGUCUAGCCCAAUCAAAGACAGAGAUUUCAAAGCUUGAGGAAACAUUGGCAGUCGCUGGCAGCCCAGAGAGUGGGAGGACAAAGGAGGAGAGAUCAGAUCUAGACUUUGACAAGAAGAUUGCGGAGGCUAAAGACACAGAAGCUAAGAAUCGUCUUGAAGUGGUACAGACAGAGCUUCUGGCUUCGAAGGAUGAAGUCAACAGACUGUUGUCUCAUUUGGCUCAAGCGACCAGAGAAAAGGCUGAUAUGGUUUCCAGUAAAGUUCACAAGGAGCUGUUACGAAUGGCCGAGGAGAGAGCCAGUCGGGCAGAGAUGAAGACCCUGGCACUGCAACGAGAGCUGGGCAUCUUGAUGGAAGAGCGCUAUCUGUCAACAGGAGAACCUCCUAAGAUCCCUCCCCGUCGCAGCGAGGUCAAGUACCCAGCCUCCUCGGUGGGCAUUCGAACCUCUCCCAAAUACUUCCAGAAGCACAACACUCUCUACAGCCGGGGUAACAUUGGCGCCAAGCGAGGGCAGCCUGCAGCUGGCGGACGGUCUCCGGGGGGUGCUGCAGCAGGGAACAAGAGAGCCAAGACACAGAAUCGGACCUGGUCACUGAAGAACGUGGAGGCAGGCAAAGCAAUGAAAGAAGCUAAGAAGGAGGAAAAUAAAGAAGUCAAGACCACGGGCAAGGUGUCUUUCCUGCAGCGAGUUCAGUCUCGUGUCUCCAGCGCCCAGUCCAAGUCAGAAGUCCAGAAGUCUUUAUUUAAUCGCAUGCAGUCACGGUUCUUCGCUAGAUCGAAGAGCCCAGUCCCUCCAUCUUCGUCGAGCUGUGACUUGCCGGACCUGUCCAGCCUGGAGGACGAUUGUUCCAAGUCAGAGUAUGAGAUUCCGAUGGAUCCUGUCCAGAGAUUCACCGGGACACCACGGAUCAUUGGAGAUGAGAGUGCGGAUGAGAGUGACUGGUCAUCUGAGGAGGAAGGCUCCACAUCCAAACGACCUCGCAACGAUGGCGGCCACAGGAAAGCGCGUCGCAACCGGUCACGUAAAGGCCGCAAAGAGAAGGACGCCAAAUCGGACGAGAAGCAUAAAUCUAACAAAUCCUUGGAUGACAAGCAGGAGACCAUGGCAACGCCGGCUCCAAGUGCCCCAGUAUCGCGGCUAGCGGAGGUCUUGUCCAGCAAGGAGGGGCUGAAGAGCGCUGCGCUAAAAUCCACGGCCAGGGAUCAAGCCAACGCUAACGAGACGGGUGCAAAAGUCUCAGACGAAGUGAAAAAGGGGAACAGUGACUCGACAACAAUUAUCAAGAUUAAACCACCUCCGCCCACAGCCCCCAAGCCCAGGGCUAAACGGACAAGUAGCAGCCAGUCCAGUGAAGGUACCGAAGAGAAAUCGAGGGAAGCUAAGACCAAACCAGCGAGCGAGACACCUAAGGUAGUGACAACCAGCUAUGGUCCAGUGGAGGAUAGCAUCUUUGAUGGGUUGGAGAUCAAACCCAAGCUAACCUCUUACAAACGAACCAUGGGGCCGCAGGGCCGACGCCUACCCCAGAGAUAUUCCAACCAAGUCCAGUCCCAGCGAUUCUCCAACCAAAGCAACAAUUCCCUAGCCGUGGUGUCCGCCUGAAACCCGGCACAACUCUUCAGGAUUAUUGUAAAUAAGGAUGUGUAAUUAUUGAUUCUUCUUUUGAUAUAAAAUACAAUAUGGUUUGCAAUCAAAGAAGCGCAAUAUAUCUAGGAAUGUAAAAUAUCUGAAAGUUGUCUGUGGCACAUACAAAAAAGGCAAAAGUGAAAAACACGAGGUAAAAUGAUAUAAGAGCAGAGGUGAGUUGUGUUUGAAAUGUUGACAGUUUUGCGUUAAUUAAUAGAGAUAAAUUAACCGGUCUUUCUCAGAAAUAAUAUCGUUGUGCAUUUAAGCUCAAAUUGCUUUUUUGGCCUACUUUAUUAAAGCACAGCAGCAAGUGUUUUGUCGAUAUUAUAUCAGCUUUUGCCAUUUAACAUUUUAAGCCCUGUAUACUCAGCUUGCACCGCAAAAUUCACAAAGUUUCUCGGGUGGAACUCGAACCCAUAACGUCCUGUUUAUUAAAUGCGAGUCAUAAUUUAAGUAUUUUUGUUAAGUGUUUAUGGCAUGUCGUGGCUUAGACAAAUAUUAGUUUUCCUUUUGCUGUGCAAAAAGUGUGUUUGUUUUAGCCGAGAUGCCUACGAAGUCAUUCAAUUACUGCUUGAUAUUGUGAUCUGCCAAUCAGAAUUAUAUCCAUCUUGUCAUUUUAAAGAAAACAAUUCAAGAAGUUUAAAACAUUGCGACAGUCAAGAAUCGUCAAAUGUAACUAUGUGUAGCAUUUGGAUUCUUUUGUAGUUUUUAACAUCAGCUUUUAACAUCUGCGUUUUUAUGUAAAACGUAUUCAGUGUGUGUGAGCGAGAUAUGUGAAGAAUUAGUUGGCGUAUCAACUUUAAACUUGGUAUGUGCGUUGGUCUUCGAUUCAAUCUUUCACCAUUUAUGAAUGUGAAUAUCUAAAAAAAAAAAUGUUAAAAAUCAAACCAACGUUUGGUGGUGGAAAAGUUAUAAAAUUAACGGGUGGGUUUUACCUAAAUGUCUUGGAAUACUUACAACUGUCAUCAUAAAAUGUUACUUCGUUGUAGUUCUGACGAUACACUCAAAGAGAAACACACACAGGCCAGAUGUGUAAGUUUACGUUAUUUACAGACAUUUUGCCUCAUUUUAAUGUUCAGAAAAGAACAGAAAAUGUAACUCAAUGUAGAAAAAUGUUCAACAAAAAUGUACACAUUAAUUAAUGUUCCACCAAAGCCGUUUGGUGUGGUGAACUUCAUGGUGCAAUCUUGAAAACUUUUUUUUUUCAAGAAUUGGUUAUAUCUCAAAUUAUGUAAUAGUUACAAUCUACUUCAGGUUAAAAAAAAUUUUUUUUUUCAUGAUACCCAUUGAUUUUAUUUUAAUGCAGACAUAAUUCUAUGGCCUUUAAUAUUUUUUAGAAGUUCAGUAAAAUAUUUGGAGCUAGUUGGAAAAGAAAGUGAUGGGACAGAUCUAAUUUUUCCAAUUCUUCCAAACCCCCAUGCUACCAUUUCAUUUUGGCACAGUGUAUCCAAUUUUGUUCACCACAAGUGCUGUUAAACAUUUAUGUGAAUAACUCAAACAAGUUUGAACCAAGUUUUGUAUUGCUAUUUUGAAAAAAAAAUGUAAAAUGUAAAAAAUGCAUGGUACAGGAAUUUAGUUGGAAAAAAGUGCGUUUAGUCAAAUGUAUUUAGCCACAAGGCUAAAGUUCUGUGCUUUUCAAAAAUUUAAAAUAAAGUCUUUAACUCUUGAGAAUAAAAUACAGAACAGCUACAGCAGCGUUCAAAA